AUUUAGCGGCUCGGGGCCCGACAGUGUUCCGGAAGAGUCCCGCGCACGUUUAGACUCUUGGGAGUUGUAGUACGAAUCCGGUCAGGGUUGGAACCAUGUCGGUGGCCAAGGAGCUCUUACAGAUGGACCUGUACGCGCUGCUAGGCAUUGAGGAGAAGGCAGCGGACAAAGAGAUAUAUACAGACAGUCCUCGAGUUACAUUGGACUCGAUGUACGUCGUUUCGUGGUUACGUCACCAUCUCCCAUUUAUUUAUUUAAAAAAGUUCCGUCAUUUCGACGUGAAGAAGGCAUAUAGGCAGAAGGCCCUCUCCUGCCAUCCAGACAAAAACCCGGAUAAUCCCAGAGCAGCUGAACUCUUCCACCAGCUUUCUCAGGCCUUGGAGGUACUGACUGACGCUGCAGCCAGGGCCGCGUAUGACAAGAUCAGGAAAGCCAAGAAGCAGGCAGCAGAGAGGACCCAGAAACUAGAUGAGAGAAGGAAGAAAGUGAAGCUUGACCUGGAGGCCCGGGAGCAGCAGGCUCAGGCCCAGGCCCAGGCCGAGGAGGAGGAGGAGAGCCGCAGCACCAGGACACUAGAGCAGGAGAUCGAACGCCUGCGAGAAGAAGGUUCCCGCCAGCUGGAAAAACAGCAGAGGCUGAUGCAGGAGCAGAUACGCCAGGAACGGGAGCAGCGGUUGAGAGGAAAGGCAGAAAAUCCUGAAGGCAAAGGAACUCCCAAGCUAAAGGUGAGCCCUGAGGGGAUCCAUGGGUCACCUCACGCUGCCUCCUCUCAGCAAGAACAGCUAAAAUGGAAGUGCAGAGAGGACGGGUCAAAAGGCGGCUACUCCAGAGAUGUCCUCCUGCAGCUUCUUCAAAAGUACGGAGAGGUGCUCAACCUGGUACUGUCCAGCAAGAAGGCAGGCACCGCCGUGGUGGAGUUUGCGACCAUCAAGGCUGCGGAGCUGGCUGUCCAGAAUGAAGUGGGCCUGGUUGAUAAUCCUCUGAAGAUUUCCUGGUUGGAGGGACGGCCCCAGGGCAAGGACGGCCCCAGCCACCCAGGACUGUCACAGGGCUCAGUGGUGUCGGAGAGGGACUACGAAAGCCUCGUCAUGAUGCGCCUGCGCCAAGCAGCUGAGCGGCAGCAGCUGAUCGCCCAGAUGCAGCAGGAGGACAAGGUGGGGCAGCUGACGUAGCAUCCAGCCCACCACCCCCGGCCCCUUGCACUAAUAAACUUUUUUUUUUAAGUCUA